AUGAGCAAGAAGACGAGAGCCGCUCAGAAAAGUUUGGUCACGGCACUUGGUCUUCAAGCUUUGCUCCCAUUCUUCUGCAUGUCCCAAUCGGCUUUUUACAUUUGGAAACAGUUCGAAUUUCCAGGUGUAGCGUAUCUUCCCUACUAUGAGGAAUGGGUCUUCUUGUCCUUGGCUGUGGCCAGCUCAAUUAGCCCUUUCAUCACGAUUUGGUUUGUGAAGCCGUAUCGUGAAAGUUGCUUGAAGCCGAUUUUCCGGAUACUUGUAUGCCUGAAAGUGCCGAUGAGAACGAGGAGCGCCAAAGUUCGAUAUUUCACAAGGACGUCCGAGACUGCCGAAAGCCAAAAGGGACAAACCGAAACAAAUGAUAUUUGC